AUGGGAUUCAAAAGGGCAACACUACUUCAAGCCUUACUGCUAAUCUGCUUCAUAACUGUGAUAGCCCUCGUAUGGUCAGGUAACGAUGCAAGUACCACAAACUCUAAAUGUAGCGAGGCUGAUUCCAAGGAUCUGACAGUUGGAACCAACGCAAAUCAAGUUUUGGACAGUAAACACGAUGCGCCAUUUACGAUUGUCAGCGGCGCAAGUGCCAAUCACUUCUGUGCCUUAGAAGCAUUUUUGUAUUCAUUACACCAACUUAAAGACGAAGUCCACCCAUCACAAUUCCCACGCAUCAUCGUUUAUAAUAUUGGCGUCAACGGCUCACAAUACCCUGUUCUAGAAGAACUUCAAAAAGCCAAUUAUUUUGACGAACUGUACGAUUUUGACUUCCCUGCAUAUCCUGAUUUUUGGAAUAUUCGGGCAGCCCGUGGUCAAUAUGCUUGGAAAGCCGGCAUUAUCAAUGAGAUACAAAGAAAGCAAAAAGGAGUAGUUCUCUGGAUGGAUUCUGGAAACGUACCCAAUGCUGAAUUUCUACGCACUAUCCCCAACAUUGUUCGAAAGCAAGGUUUUUGGUCACCACGAUCCACAGGAUUUAUGGGAGGAAAGCUCAUUCACCCUGGUAUGUUCGCUUGGUUCGAGGCCAAUGCGGCGGACUACAAAGAUUUCGCCAACUGCAACGGUGCCGCACUAGGAUUCAACCUUGAUGACCCCCGAGUUAUAAACAAAUUGGUUGUACCAUGGUUUGAAUGUGCUUUAGAGCUGAAUUGUAUAGCGCCACUUGGAUCAUCGCGCAGUAACCAUCGACAAGACCAAGCUGCUAUUACCUUCUUAGCAUAUCGAUCGGGCUACAGCUGUUACGAAUAUCCAGAGUUUCACGGCAUUACGAUACAUCAGGAUGUAAAAUGUCGUGAAAGGCUAGGUGUACAAGCUUCUCAAGGCAAAUUGAUUCAUCCAUCUUCAUACGGUAAAUUAUAUGCUGCAUAA